UUACUGUUUAUGGUUUUAAUUAGAUUUUUAUUCUCGAAAAUAACUAAAAACUUUCAUACACCAUUUAAGGAUGGUAAAGUUGUUUUGAAGAAGUAAAAAAUCACUUUUUUUGGCAUUGGUCCCUUUGCGGUUGACAGGUUAAACUAAAUUUAGCCCGAUUUAUCUUAUACUACGCUGCUGCACAUGCGAUGACACUUAAAAAAGAUGUAUUUACAUAAAUUGCGCUAUAUCGAAGAAGGGGAUAAGGAAACUAACGGUUUUAUUACUCUCCUCUAAAUAAACCCUCGCGCGGAGUGUCAUCCGCCGUGAUGCAUAACCUCCCCGCGCCCACCCGUAACUUCAAUAAUAGCAUACGUUAUAAAUUAUAAUAAUUUAUAGCGCAUGGGUAUAAUAUGUAAUAUUAUGUACUUAUAUGAACUUUGUGAUGAUAAAAGUUGUCGUUACUGACCACUAUAUAAUUACAGCAAUGGGGUUGUAAAAAGUUACAAAAAUCAACUUUACUUAGCGUACGAUAUGGUAUUCUCUACCGAUUUGGAAAUGUCUUCGAAUGCGUUUCAGUGAAAUAUACCUAUAAUUUAUAGGUACACACAUAACAUGUUAUUCGCUCGUAUAUAAGUCUUGUGAAAGUAAAACAUACAUCGUUGGCACGCACGUACCUAUAUUAUAAGCGCUGGGAGGUUUUUCAUAACAUACACAUUAUUACAAAAUUAUUUUUAUUUGCGUAUUUUUUGUUAACGAAGGUGUUAACGGGGACACACCUGCGGCCGAAACAGCAGAAGCAGCAGCAGCAACAACAUAAUAAUAAGUUGCCGUUUCGUACCGCGUUGUUGCACGCGUCGCGUCGGUUACGCGCGCGUUGCCGAAAAAACCUGGCCGUACCCAAAAAAAUAUUAUAAUAAUAUAUAUAUAAUGAAAACCGACGCCCAUUCGCGCACGCACGAGAAUCGUAAAAAAUAAUGAUAAUAAUAUAUCAGCAUAAUAAUAUUAUUAUAAAUACGAUAUAAUUGCGUUGAACGCCAAUCCAAAGGCCGACCAACCAAAAAAAAAAAAAAAAACAUCAACAACAACAAAAACCUGACCACGACGACGAAAAAAUAAUAUGUACGGCGGUAAAAGACGACGGUUGCUCCUCUGCCGCCGCCGCAGUCGUACGCCGCCUUACGUACUAAACGCCGCGAACAUCGCGGCGCCGGUGGUGCAGCAGCACUCGUGCAGUUUAUCGCAUUGCCGCCGAAGCGGCCACGAUGUUAGCCGGCGCGCUUGACCGCGUGUUGCCGGGCCGCCGGUCGUACCUGCACCGGGUGAACGUGGAAAGACGUCCCCGACCGCCGUCCCAGUCCCGGCCGCACAGUUACCACGGCGGCGUGACGGCCGUCGAGUCGCAACGUCGCGACGGUUUGAGGACGAGCGGACGAAAGUUGGCCGCGAAAUUUUGGUCAGCGGCGGUGGUGGCGGGUAGAUCCGCGGUUCCGGAGCCGGCGGCCGUACGAAAGCGGACGCCGGCCACCGCCGCGGCCACGACCACCUGCAGCAACGGUGGAUUCUCAAACGUUUCGCACACGUGGCGUUUCAAGCGGCUAAGUCAUGGUAGCAGAACGCCGGUGGAGGAACCGUCGGCCAAAUCAACAGAAAUGGCUGAAAGCGGCAGCGGGGCCGCAAUGGCUCCAGCUGCCAAAACGGGAUCAAUCAAAGUGCAUUUGCCUAACAACGGAUUCAAUAUCGUAAAAUUUAUAGAUAACAUCAAUGUCAAGGGUAUCAUAUCUCUAGUCACCGGACGUUUGGCCAAUGGGUGUCUUCAGUAUCAAGGCGUUUACGGAUUGCAGCUGUACCAUCCGUUAUCUGGCGAGGUUCACUGGUUACAUCAGGAUUGCACAAUGUCUGAGAUUUACCUUAAAUACGACGAACAGUAUCCAAUGUCCGAAUGGAGGUUUGAGCUGCGCGUACGGUACUCGCCCGACGACAUGGAAGACCUAUACGACCGAGAUCGGUUUACUUAUUUCUUCUAUUACGAUCAAGUACGGUUCGAUUAUUUGAAAAAAAACGACCCGGCUACCCGAGUGGACACUGAGAUAGCUGUACAACUCUGCUGUUUACAAAUAAAAUGCUUUUUCCGGGAAGUUCCUCAUAUGUCGUUGGAAAAGAAAUCCAAUUUGGAGUACCUGGAACGCGAAAUCGGACUUAACAAAUUCCUACCCUACUAUAUACUAGAAUCAACGAAACCAAAGAAUUUACGAAAAAUGAUUCAACAACAGUAUAAAAAAUAUUUGCAAACGCCGGAAAAAGAAUGCGUGCUACAAUUUCUCAAUCUCGUUUGGUCGUUUUACAAGUACGACGAAGAGCAGUUCAAGUGUUCAAUUGGAUCUGGUUGGACGAUACCGGUGGAUCUAGUGAUCGGACCUCGACACGGAAUUUCUUACAUCAACAAUCAAGGAUCGGCGCCCACCAAAAUGGCGGAUUUCGCUCACAUCGAAAACAUACAGACAUUGGUGUCCGAAUGUGAAACACACCGUAAAACCUUAGUGCAGCUUCAAGUGACCGACUCAGCUGAUCCUCUAGUACUCAGCUGUACGACGCUCGAGCACAUGUACAGCCUAGCCAAUCUGAUCGACGGUUACUGUCAACUAGCUAGGAAAACGAACGUUUCGUUAUGGAAUAAAAAAGCUGCCGUGUGGAACCGUUUUCCUUGCCCGUGUGAUUCUAAAGACUCGGGAAAAAUCAAAGCCAAAGUGCCCGCAAGGUUUUCCGACGAUUAUCCUGACGAUGGUCCAAUUGAAGAAGAAGGCGAUUACUCAACACUUGCUAAUUGUAAUUACGAACUGCAUCGCGAUCAAGUUGAAUUGGGUGAAAUCAUUGGAGAAGGUCAAUUUGGUGAUGUGCAUAAAGGAGCAUGCCACAUGCGUUCAAUUAAAAAUAAACCAGGAAACGCUGUGGCAGUAGCCAUAAAAACAUGUAAACCUGAUGCGGACAUGGCAACUACUGACAAAUUUUUGGAAGAAGCAUACAUUAUGCAACAGUUUGAUCACCCACACAUCAUACGACUGAUUGGAGUUUGUUGUUCACCGCCUGUGUGGAUUGUAAUGGAAUUGGCCAAGCUAGGUGAAUUACGGGCGUACUUACAGAACAAUCAGGCUCAUUUAGACUUGGCUACUCUUAUCCUGUAUUCGUAUCAACUUUCCACAGCUUUAUCGUAUCUCGAAUCUAAGAAGUUUGUUCACAGAGAUAUCGCCGCUAGAAAUGUAUUAGUGUCGUCUCACCACUGUGUAAAACUGGCCGACUUUGGUCUGUCACGAUGGGUCCAAGACCAAAGCUACUACAAGGCAUCCAAAGGCAAACUACCAAUCAAGUGGAUGUCACCGGAGUCUAUUAACUUCCGCCGAUUCACCACCGCUAGCGACGUUUGGAUGUUUGGCGUGUGCAUGUGGGAAAUAUUGAUGAUGGGCGUGAAACCGUUCCAGGGAAUCAAGAACAAUGAUGUAAUCGGAAAAAUCGAAAAUGGUGAGCGGCUAGCGUUGCCGCCCAAAUGUCCCCCUAGGCUGUACAGUCUCAUGUCACAAUGUUGGUCGUUUGAGCCCAGUAAGAGGCCCACGUUCAAAGAUGUCAAGGAAGUGCUCAAUGAGAUAUUGAUCGAAGAGAGACACCAGCAGAAGGAAACGCUUCGGAGGGAAAACCGGAGGGUGCACACUCUGUCUUGGGGAUCCAGCGGCUCUCUUGACGACCCGUCUGCACCGCCCAAACCUUCCCGUCAACCGAGCGUGGACCUACACAAUAACAAGUCCGCGGAACUACCCGUGUCCACGUACAUAGUAGCCCAGAACGCCGAAGUGCUCGCUCACCUGUUGAAGGAGAAUGAGCAGCGAGGCGUCGUCAACCCGUCCGUGUAUACGACCCCGGCAACCGGAUUCAACACGGUAACCGUAGAUUUUCUUAAUGACGUCGACGACGACAAAACAAUUUCGGCCGGGAACAGUAUACUGAGCAUGGACUCUGUGGGACUUAUCCCAAUGGACGGCAGCGGUGGUGGUGGUGGUGUUGCCGUCCAGCCGUCCACUAACAAGACGUUGCCUAGGAACUUUACUUCGGGAGCGGCUUCGCUACUAACACUACCUCCUAACUCAGCAGACAAGAGCAGGCGAUGUUCAGACGGCAGUCUGGGCACGAACGCCGCCGCAGCCGCUGCAGCUGCCGCUACGGCGGCGACCGGUGGAGGAAUGAAUAAUGAUGAGGGAGCCAAGCAUUUUGUUAACAACUCUAUCGGGGUAUAUGACAAUGAACCCUUAUCCGAAGUAGAACAGCUGGAACGAAAGCUAAGACAACAACAAAUUGAGUCUGAGAGGGACAACUUAUGGCUGGCCGAAGAGGAGACAAACUUAAAAAAGCGACUAUCUUUAGUAGCUAGUGCGUCAGACAAUGAAUCUAUUGAUGGUAGAUCAUCAUUGACACCUCCUUCUUCUCUAGAUAGAAGCACCAAAACAAAACCUACAGAAGAACGGGUUGUUGUAAUAAAAAAACUCGAACCCACGCCAACAGCUGAUUUGGACAGAACUAAUGAUAAAGUAUAUGAAUGUACAACACUGGUUGUCAAAGCUGUUAUGACCCUUUCACAAGGGGUUCAACAAAAUCAGACUGAUCGAUAUUUGGAACUAGUCAAGGAGGUUGGUCUCCAACUCAGAGCUUUAUUAACAAGUGUUGAUAGCCUGGUACCAUAUUUCCCUCAAAGUGCUCACAAACAGGUGGAAAUGGCACAUAAAGUUCUCAGCAAAGACAUGGCUGAGCUAGUCAAUGCCAUGAAACUUGCUCAAAAUUACUGCCAUACUGCUGUCGAUUAUUUGUACAGCAAGGAAAUGUUGUCUUCAGGCCAUAUUUUGGCAAUGGACGCCAAAAACCUGUUAGACGUUGUUGACUCUGUGCGCAUGCAGUAUCCUGAAGUGGAAGCGAUGAUCAGCGGCCGGCAAUCUGAAACAGCCAAAGAACAACAUCCUGGUGUAACCGCUUCUUAGUAGUACAUUUUGUAGUAUGCAUUCCUAAUUCAUUACGCAUCUAUCAUACACCAAUAUUAUUGCAAUUAUUUAUUGUUUUUUUUUUUAUAUAUAUAUAUAUAAUAAUUAAUCGACUGCCUAGUAACUUUAUUAAAAAUUAUUUAUUUUUUUUUACUAAAUUUGUAAAUAGUAUAUUAACGGAAGAUAUUUUAUAGUAUUUUACAUCCUAAGUAGAAUUCAUUGUCGUUGAAGCUAUGUAUAUUAUAUUAUAUACAAUUUAUAAAAUGCUUUUUAUUGCUGUUAAAAUUUGGAAUUAUUAUUUGUUCCUUUUAUAAAUCGUGGGUGCGUAUGUGAAAAAAUUAUUUUGAUCCCAGUCUUACUAGUCAUAAAAUAUUUUACCCCUAAAUAAUAUUAUAUUAUAUUAUAUUAUACGUAACUUAUUUCCAAAUAAAUGGAAUUAAUAACCAUA